CCUCUUCGCGCUCUCCACCUUGCCUCAACCCAACUUUCCUCUCUCACACAAACACUCUCUGUUGGGGGAAGAGAAAAUCAAAGGAAUCCGAGUUCUGGUCUUGGUUGUACUUGUACUCAAAUUAGAUAAACAAAAACCAACGGAAAUUACAAUACUCCCAUUUCCAUUUGUGUUAUCUUCUUCUGCCUACAUUCUCUGUUCCCUUUUCUUCACCACUUUACCUCUCUCUGUUUUUCAACUACUUUUUCCUUGUCAAUAUACCCAUAUUUUCACCCCCUUUUUCCCUGUGCCUCAAUACUUGUCUCUUUAACGUUUCGCUUUCUCUUUAUUCUCAAAGAAUCUCUCAAUUCUCCUUUAUUUUCAAUGCAAAUCUAAACAAAAAGGGGGAAAAAAGUCCUCUGUUUCUGAGAUGCAAGAACAGAAAACAAUGUUUUCUACAACCAGGGUUAAGUACAUCACCACCAGGAGGCGGGAAAAUCCAAUUUCCGGCGGAAAAACUGUUUUUCCGGCGAGGACGGUGCGCUUCUCCGUCGCCGACCCCGACGCCACCGACUCCUCCAGCGACGACGAAGAGAGAGGCUUCAGUGUGAAGCGCCGAAGAGUCAGAAAAUUCAUCAACGAGGUCAGAAUCCAGCCCUACUGCAGAGACGGCGCCGCCGCCGUCAAGAUAAGCCGCCCCCGCCGCCCCCGGAUGAAGAAGUUCCGCGGCGUGCGGCAGCGGCCGUGGGGGAAAUGGGCGGCGGAGAUUCGCGACCCACGGCGGCGCGUGAGGCUGUGGCUCGGCACCUACGACACGGCGGAAGAAGCCGCUAUGGUGUACGACCACGCGGCUGUCCAGCUGCGUGGCCCCGACGCGCUCACCAACUUCUCCACUCCGGGUCACAACACGCCCGAGUCGCCCAAGUCUGUGCUACGGUUCGUUUCCGUGGCUGACUCCCAAGCGGAAGCCGAGCCUGAAACCGAACCCGAGGAGUCGUCUUGUGCUUUCCCCAAAACCGUCGGGAAAGAUGCCGAGAGCUUGUCGAAUUUCGCGAUAUUUCCCCCGAGCGACGAUAUUUUCGCCGAGUUUAACUUGUUUGACGAAGCCGGUUUCUUAGGCGACAUUUUGGGUGUGGAUUUCAGCAGCAGCAGCGAUUUGCUUAUCGGGUCAAGUACAGAUUUCGGGCUCGGGUCAUUCAGCGGGCAAACCGACGACUUCUUCCAUGAGUUUGGAGAUAUAUUCGGGUCGGAUCCACUAGUUGCACUUUGAGUAUUUUAACUUAGAAUUUUUGUUGAUUUCUUCGGCAGUUUUGGUUAAUUAGUGUUUUAUUUUAUUUAUUUGUGAGGUAAAUUCGAAUGUUUAUUGUGCUAAUAAUUAA